AUGGCAGCUUCAAUGGCAGCUUCAAUGAUGACCCCAAGUCGUUUCGGCAACUCGCUUUCUGGCGGUCAAGCUCCGUACGCCGCCGUCGGUCCGUCAAUGGCAGACACGCUUCCCACGAUCGACUUCAACUUCAACGAUCUACGCGAGCGCAUGGCCCAGUUCACAGUACGAUUCGACGAAUUCAUCGAGCGCGGGAGGAAACGAGUAUUAGAGGAACGAAAUGCUUUCCGCAUGAACGUGGCAGACCUGGGAGAUCAACAGCGACAGCGAAAACACAGCAUCGCAGAACUAGAAUCGAAGUCCUCGAACCAUGCCCACAUCGUCGCCCGCGAAACACAGGAGACGGAGGAAAUGCACGAGGCGAUUCGCUCUCUCACAGCACAAAAGGAGGAGCACGUAUCACGCCGAGACCAGAUCAAGACGGAAAUCGCAUCGGUGCAGGCGAACAUCCGGCAGAAAAGAGAAGCUCAAUCCGCCCACCAACGAGCACUGGACGAACAAGCACGACACAACGUGCCGGAGCUGCGGGUUUGGGAGAAUUGCUUGGCCAUGCGGAUAGAAGCGACGGGGGUGGAUGAUCGGCUGAGAUUUGUCUUUCUUAGCAUUGACGAGCGCGAUGCGGAGAGGGAGUGCUGGUUCGAUUUUCAUAUUGGAAGCAAAGACUACACGGUUGUCAGCACGAAGCCGCGGUUGGAUAAAGAUGAUGUGGAGUCGGCGCAGGAGAGAUUGAAUGAGACGCAGGAGCUGGGUGUCUUUUUGAAGAGUAUGAGGAGCUUGUUUGCGGAGGCGGUCACGGCGUAG